AUGGCCGCCGGCGUGGUCCACUCCUCUUCGGGCGCCACCAACGCCAACGUCAACGUCAACGCCAACCUCACUGCCGGCAGCCACGGGAACAACAGCAGCAGCGGCAGCACGCCGGGCGCCCAGCUCAGCGGCCUCCUCUCCGGCCUGGUAACUGGCGGCAACUCCAACAACUCCAACAGCUCCAACCUAAUCGGCGGCGUCGGUGGCCCUGUCCCCGGCAGCGGCACCAUCACCGCCCAGCCGCUGGUGGCCGGCUCCGCCGAGGCGGAGAAGAUCUGCCAGUGCAUCACCGACCUCCUGCAGACGGAGACCCGCGAGGCGGCCCUCAUGGAGCUGAGUCGCCGCCGGGAGACGGUGGCCGACCUGGCGGUGAUGCUCUGGCACUCCUUCGGCGCCAUCGCCGCCCUCCUCCAGGAGAUCAUCGCCGUCUACCCCACCAUCCACCCGCCCACCCUCAACGCCCACCAGUCGAACCGCGUCUGCAACGCCCUCGCCCUCCUCCAGUGCGUCGCCUCGCACCCGGAGACCCGGGCCGUCUUCCUCCAGGCGAACAUUCCCCUCUUCCUCUACCCCUUCCUCAACAUGAACACCAGCUCGAAGACGCGCCCCUUCGAGUACCUGCGCCUCACCUCGCUGGGCGUCAUCGGGGCGCUGGUGAAGACCGACGAGAAGGAGGUCAUUAACUUCCUCCUCAAGACGGAGAUCAUCCCCCUCUGUCUGCGGAUCAUGGAGUCGGGCACGGAGCUCUCGAAGACCGUGGCCACCUUCAUCCUCCAGAAGAUCCUCCUCGACGAGACCGGCCUCAACUACAUCUGCCAGACGUACGACCGCUUCAGCCACGUGGCGAUGAUCCUCGCCAAGAUGGUCAUCGCCCUCUCGAAGGAGCAGUCCGCCCGCCUGCUGAAGCACGUCAUUCGCUGCUACCUCCGCCUCUCGGACAAUCCCCGGGCGCGGGAGGCGCUUCGCCAGUGCCUGCCCGACCAGCUGAAGAACGCCACCUUCGCCGCCUGCCUCAAGGACGACCGCACCACCAAGAACUGGCUGGUGACGCUGCUGAAGAACAUCGAGACGAAGCCUGGUGAGGGAGGCGGAGGUGGAAACGGCGGGGGAAGUAACACCCCAGGUGUUAAUCUUUCGGGCGCCGGAAACGCCCCAACUGGGGCCACGCCGGGCGUGGCGACGCCCGCUUCGGGCGCCUCGGCCGGCAGCGGCGGCGCCUCGCCCGGGCCGCAGCUUUCCGUCGGCUAA